AUGUUCCCUUUCAAUGAGGAACUAUACUCCCUAGAGGGCAAGGAGCUCGAGUUUAUGAAAAAUCAAACCGGUAUUACAGACGAAGACGAGCUCAAGAAGCACAUCAUCGCUGUCACAAAGGCGGCUUAUGAGGUCUUCCCAUAUCCGUGCAUCCGCCGCUAUGCGUUCCUCGCAUUGAGGCUCCCUUCUCUACCUGGCUAUGAUCGCCUCAUCGAGUUGGGGAAGGAGCGCAAGAAUGCUGUGCUCCUCGAUAUAGGCUGCUGCUUCGGAAACGAUGUCCGAAUCGCCGCCGCGGACGGAUUUCCGGCCAAGCAGAUUGUGGCCACGGAUCUGUAUGGAGGUUACUGGACACUAGGCCACAAACUCUACCGAAGCACGCCGGAGACAUUCCCGGCGAAGUUCCUGGCUGGGGACGCUUUCGACCCCAUUCACCUCGCCAUAGCUCCUCCGGUAUACGCGGUGGGACCAGAGCCUGUGCCGGACCUACCGAGCCUGACGUCGUUAAACCCGCUGCACGGGCAUGUCGCGGCGAUUCACACCUCCUCGUUCUUCCACCUCUUCAACGAGGAGCAGCAGCUGCACCUCGCGCGCGCCAUGGCCGGGCUCCUCUGCCCGCUGCCGGGGUCGAUGAUCAUCGGCACCCAUGCCGGCGCGCUCGAGACGGGCUUCACGACCCACGACGUGGGUGGCGGGAACGACAGCGCGGCGGGCGGAAGUGUGUCGAUGUUCUGCCACUCGGCGAAGAGCUGGACGGAGCUGUGGGACGGACAGGUGUUCGAGAAGGACAAGGUGACGGUCGAGGCCAAGACCGUUCAGAUUCAGAUUGGGGAGAGGCUCCGCCAUGUUUUGCAGUGGUGUGUGACGAGGCUCUGA